AUGGUGCUAACUGGUCUUUCCCACCUUAACGUUGUUGACAGCUUAAGCUCGGGCCAUUACGGCGACAAACGCAAUCGAACUUGCAACAGUUUGAAAUCAGAAAACAUACUUCUCAAUCUGUGCAAAGCGUGCGAAACGAACAUGGCGUCCAUUCCUCCAUCGGCAUUUUCCGCCGGACGCAUCCGCGAAGCCGAGCGCAAUAUGAAGAUAUCAAACAUUGACAAAGGAAAUCCAUCUUCAAAAGUUUUCAAUAUUAAUGCUACGGAACUGACUCCGUUAAAGUAUAACAGCAAAUUAAUGAACAGCAUCUGGGGUUUCUACAACCGUUAUUCGCCCCAUAACGUCAAGAAAGUCAAUGACGUAUUUUCUUUUAAUGCGGAAUUGCAGCAAUCAGCUGUCAAUUCCUCUACUAAGAACGACCCGAAAAUCGUUUUAUCCAAAGCGAAACUAGACAAUAUGUGGGCGACCAUUAAUGUUUCGCAGUCACAAAUA